GUCAACAAAGCUGCUCGCUCCUAUUCCCACUACUACAGUCCUACAUACACCCCCACCCCCACUCCCACUCCCACAGAAUGAACCUCAAGAUCAUUUCCUUCGUUUCCUUUCCUUCCGAAGAAUUAUACGGACAUGCCGGAGAGAGCAUCUGCUAUCUCAUCCUCAACUACCUCAGUCAGAUCGACAUUACUAUUACGCUUCUUGGCCGGGAGAAGCGAUACCGGCGGACCACCACCUCAGCUCAUCGAUCCGGCGGCGGCGGUUUAGCGGAUGACAUUUCUUCUCGUCAGCCUUGGUGGAGGAGGCCGGCCAGGGCCAGACAGAGAGGGAGGAGCUGUUGCUGUGCUUACGGGAAGAAGAGAAGACAAGAUGCAGGAAUAGAAAAAAGGGAUGCCUCAUUUAAGCGGUUAAGCCUAUACCAGUUGUGCAUAAGCCUAUUUCACCAGUAUUGCAAUGGAUCGGGCAGAGAAAGCUUGAGAUCUCUAGAAAAAGUAUUACAAGGAUGACUUUGACAACACAUUUAAAGAAGAUAUCAUUGUAACCACGUCAGAAAAGAAUACAGAAGAGAAGACAAGGUCACAUGUUAAGGAUUUAAAAUAUGAUGCAACUGGUCCUGCAGAUUCUGAAUUCAACAGGUGAGGGAUAUAGUAUGAACUUUGCAGUCAAAACAUUUUUUAGGGUCUUUUAAUAUAUGUUUUGGAUGGGAGGACUUUGGAAUGCUUAGUCUUUAUCUUGAUUAUUAAUAGAUUCUUUAUUAAGAUAUAGACUGAAAGCAUGUGUCGGAAACCCGCAUUUCAGCUAUUAGGGAAUAAUUUAAGCUUCUUUUUAAAAUCCAACAUGUUUGGAUCAUAGGUUAUAAUUCAAAAAAAAUAUUCCAUGAAAUUCUAGCUGUUCAAGAAAAUUGGCUUUUUGUAGUUUGUUUUUUAACACCUUAUUUUCUUUCAUCUGUUUUGGCAUCCUUUUUCAGAUGAUACUCCGUAUUAAAUAUUACUCCAGUGUAACAUUAAGCCACUUUUGAGCAAAUUUUAUCCUAUGUUAAACUAACUCCCAUUUAGUUAAUUAUUAUAUAAUUAGAUAUAAACUCCCUCUGCCCAAUUUAUUUGAUGUUCUGGCUUCAUACUUUUGUCCCCGAAUAAAUGUAGUUCUUCAGGUUCCAAUGUACAAUGUUCUCCUUUCUUCCCCAACUACUCUUUUUUAAUCCCUUCUAGAAUAGAAAAUGACAGAAAAAGAUUAGAGAGACUAUAAAAGUUUGAUAAAGAAGGGCAAAGUAGUUUUUUAAUGUAUAAAACCUUAAUAUGUUUGAAAAUUGCUAAAACGUCAAGUGAUUUGAUUGAUAGUCUGAUACAAGGCAUUUUCUGCAUUCACGAGUACCAAUCAAGAUGAAAAAGAGAGUUUGUUCAAUUGAACUAAUCAUGUAAGUUUAAAUCUUUAAUUGAUUGAGUUCCUUUUUAAUUUGAUUCGGCCUCUGUUUAUUUUACGUUAUUCAUCUAAAGUUUUUGUUUUGCUCAGUUGUCCAUAUGCAUUUCGUCACUCCAGGUAAGUACAAACCACAACUAUUACAACAACCUCGAAGAAAUACCCCAUCAAAGAACAUGGAUUGAAGAAAAAUAGACAAUUUUAUUCAAUAGAAUAAGGUAAUCUUAUGCUCAAUUAGAUUAAAAUUUGAUAUUCCUUGCGUCCAUGGGUUAAUUGAAAUCUAUAUUAAAAAUAGGAUAAAAAUUCAUAGUUAACCACUUCAAUAGCUUCUACUUUGAAAUUAUUACACAAAUAAGCUGAUUCUUUGAUUAGUACUACCUCCGUCCCCCUAAGUUUGGGACAAGAGAAGGUGACACGGUUAUUAAUAAAAGUGGGUUUAUGUGGUUGAUAUUGAAUUUAUAAAGUAAGAAUAAAGUAGGAAUGAUUUAGAACCACACCAACUUUACCAAAUGAGGUAUGAGACAAUCUUAGUGGGACGGAUCGAAAUGGUAAAAUGGGACAAUCAUAGCGGGACUGAGGGAGUACAUUAUAAUUGUCCCCGCAAAAAAAAACAUUAUAAUUGUCAAGACUCGGAAAAACUCCAUCAUUUUUCACAUUCUGUGAAAUAUCUCCCAAAAUACGCUUCAUUCCCUUGGUGAUAUUGAAAAUAGAUCUUGAGGAACCUGAUACUUGGUGUAAUUUUUUGCUCCCACUAAAUGAUUAGUAGUUAGCUUUCCAAGACUCAACAAGAUUUUACGAUAGUAACUUUGAAAGUAUCGAGAUUUUUAUAUUUAGAGCUUGACUAUGUUGGUGUUUCUACACUCUAUCCUUGACUAAUAAUUUGAAAAUAUUUUGACCUGAGCUUUGAUUUUUUAUUUAUUUUGUCAGUGAUGGAAUUUCUGAAAUUGAUGUUUGUUCAUUGAUAAUAAUGUUUGUCUUUAAGACGGUUCAUCUUUGAAAAUCUAUAAUUUCAUUUUACUCAGGGGUUGAAUUGAUCUUGGAAUUGCAACUGUGGUUAAUCAGUUGUGGCUGAUUCCAAGGGUAUAACUUUUAUAUCUUUUGAACCGUCUUACUUUCCUUUUUGAGUUGUCCCAAAAUAAGUGUCAUCUUUCCCUUGUUGGAAAGAAAUAUGUGGUUCAUAACAUUUCACUUUACUAUACUCAAAUCUCAACCCCAACUUUUACCUUUUCAACCACUUUAUUAAAAAUUGUGCCUAAAGCAAAGAAGACACAUAAAAUGGGACGGAGGUAGUAGUACUUAAUAAAUUAAUGAUGAUGAUGAUUGUGGAUUGUCCAUCAAGCAGCAGGAGCAGUAGGUGAGGCGCAGUCACGUAGACUAGUCAUCAAGGUUGACUUUGACCUUUUCCACAAACAUGCACUACCAAGAUGGUUCUUUCUCCCAGGCUGCUUGUUCUUAUUUCUAAAAGAAAAUUCUAAAAGAGAAAAGAUGGGGUUUCCUACAUGGCUGCUUGUUCUUAUUUCUGCAUGCAUGAUCACAUGUCACUUGAAGUCUGUAUUAGGAGAAACGAGGUGCAUAGAGAGGGAAAGAGAGGCACUUCUGAAGUUGAAGGAAGGCUUCACAGAUACGGAUGACCGUAUGUUGUCAACGUGGGGAAGUGAGGCCGACAAAAAUGAAUGUUGCCAAUGGAAGCACGUCGUGUGUGACAACGUCACAGGUCAUGUGACUGCCCUCCAGCUUGGGGGUUUGACUACUUCGACGUUUCCAAUGGGAGGCAAGAUCAGUCCCGCCUUGCUCGAAUUGCAUCAUUUGAAUCAUUUAGUUCCGAGUUAUAAUGAUUUUGGAGGAACAAGAAUCCCCGAAUUCAUCGGCUCCAUUAGAGCUUUACAGCUGUUGGAUCUCAGUUAUUCCAACUUUUCCGGGGUGGUUCCUCCUCAGCUAGGGAACCUUACACAGUUGCAGACGCUUGACCUUGGAGGCAACUACGGCAUUCGGUCAGGAAACCUCUAUUGGCUUUCUCAUUUAUCAUCGUUGUCUCGUCUUGUUUUGGAUCACAUGAACACAAGUGAAGACGCCAAUUUGCUUUGGCUACACCACGUGCUGAGCUUUCCCUCUCUUGACACAUUGUCCAUCGUAAGUUGUGGGAUCACAGAUAUCACAUUCGGCCGAGGUCUCGCCCGUGUCAACUCUUCGACCUCAUCAUCGCUAUCUACCCUUGAUCUGUCAUCAAACAAGCUCACUUCUUCCACCACAUUACAAUGGUUGUUGUUUAACACAAGUGCAAGUCUUGCUUAUAUAGGCCUGUCAGGAAAUCAGUUUAGUGGUCCAAUCCCAGACGCGUUUGAGAAGCUGUUUUUUCUGGAAUCUUCAUGACAACAUGUUUGAAGGACAGAUCCCGAAGUCUCUAGGGAAUUUAAGUUUGGUAGACUUAGACCUCUCCCAUAAUGACAUGGGAGGACCUCUUGAGGAUUUAUUAAACUCAUAACACUAGAGACUCCCACCGCCGGUCUUUCCAAGCUUGAACACCUCGACAUUUCACAUAAUUCAUUACAAGGAACACUCUCGGAAACCUACUUCAUAGGCCUUAGCAACUUAAGGUACAUAGAUUUAUCAUUUAAUAGAUUGAAGUUGGAGUUCAGCAAAAACUGGAUCCCGUCUUUCAAGUAGCGUCUUAUAUACUUGGCAAACUGCAAAAUCGGCCCUUCUUUCCCUGAAUGAGUUCAGACACAAAGGGGGUAUGUUGUUAAUCUGGACAUUUGUAAUGCUGGUAUAUCUGAUGAAGCUCCUCAAUGGCUAUGGAAUAUGUCUCUGGGAUACUUGAACCUGUCUCGUAAUCAGAUUACUGGCACAAUCCCAGAUCUGUCGUCCACUUCCAUUGGGAUUGUUGAUGCCGGGCAUAAUAACUUAUCAGGGACUGUACCAUCAAUUAGUCCGCUCAUUUGGGUUCUUCAGCUCUCCCAAAAUAUGUUUUCCGGGACCAUUAAUUCCUUAUGCCUGUACGCCUAUUGCAGGAUUUCAUGGCUUGACCUCUCUAAUAACUAGUUGAUGGGAACGCUCCCCAACGACUUGUGGAACAUGCAGGCAUUGGAGAUUCUCAAUGUGAAUUACAACAACCUUUCUGGUGAAAUUUCACUCUCUGGGCUCUCUAUCACCUCGUCUGGAAUCUCGGUUAUAGUUUAAUUUGUCAGGAAAGCCAAUUUUGUUUGUGAACGACUGUAUGUUUUUUGUAAACCUCAUGUGUGUUUUAAUGCAAGUAAAAUUAUAUUGCAUGAUUGCAUCCGGUAAAUCACAAUGUUAUUGACUUAUUGUUGGGGGUAAUUGGUUGGGGUUUUUUAUAAAAGUUUUUUUUUAUUUGUUUGGGGGGCCAUGUCUCCGAGCCUCUACAAAACCGGAUCACAACCAAACGCGUAUACAUUUCAGAAAUUUUGCUUUCAAUUAUGACUUAUGAGAGAGCACUAUUAAGGAUGUGGAAUAGGCCAUAAUUAGGACAAAACAAGUUGAUAAGUUAGUGAUAGAUAGGCUAUGAGCAACGAUCUUGGAGGUUUGUUCGGUAAAUAUAAGUCAGGCCGGCCUGACGAGUCAUAUACUUAUCCUGUAAAACUAUAUUAUAUUAGUAGUAUAUAUGUCAUUUCUUCUUUUUUAUUGUAUGUGCAAACCUAUAAUAUCGGACUUUUGUGAACGUAACAGAUAAUAUUUAGUAUGGACAAUGUCUACGAGGUAAAGAGAUGGAGACAUCAGUUUAAAAUGCAACUACAAGGAAGAUCUAGCUCCUGCAGAGCACAGGACUUAAAUGAAAUUCCUUUUCCUUAUGCAGUGUGUGCUACAUUUGACAAGGGUGAUGACCCAAAAGAUAUGUUGAUAAUUGCUGCUCCAAGGUAAGGGUGUGCACAAUUCGGUAAACCGACCAAACCAAACCGGCACCAAAAAUUUCGGUAUAUACCGAACUAAAAUUUUGGUUCCGUAAUCGGUAUGUACAAUUUUGAAAAUUCCGUAUUCUGUUCGGCACACACACUUUGCUUUUCGGUAUUUACCGAUUACAAGAAUAUAUAAAAUAAUAUAUUAAAUAUAUUAUUAGUAAUUCGAAGUGAGCAUGUACUCUAACCUGGGAAUCGGGAGACUGAAGAAGUGAAUGUAGAAGUGAACUUCUAAAGUGGAUUUGUAUAGCAAUGAAACCCCCUUUGUUUCGUAAUGUGUUCUUUUGUACUGUGUUAUGUAUUAUUCAUGUCUAUAAGUGCCCCUUCUGAAUGUAAUGACAUGUUAACAUUAGAAUAGAUCACAUAUUGCCCUUUUGC